GGGGCGCGGGGAAAACGCCGGGAAGCGGCUCCAGAGGGAUCCGGACCCUGAGGAGCUGCGGGAAGAGGAGGGUGCGGGAAAAGGGGCGCUGAGGCCCCCCCGGGGGGAGAUGAGAGGACACGAGCCCGUGGAGGGCGAGGACGAGGACGAGGACGAGGAGAUGCCGCCCUUGGGCUCCGGAGCGAGGGGAAGGGCCCGGAGCAGGCGCUGCCGGGGGACACCGUCCCUGCAGGGCGCCCUGCGUGGCCUCUACGCCCUGACCCUGCUGCUGGCGCUGGCCGUGGCCGUGCUGGGAGCGCUGGCGUUCAGGAAGGCGGAUUCCAUCUCCAGCCGGAUCAGCUCGGCCCAGGCCUGCUACGAGGAGAGGCUGCUCCGUAUCCAGGAGCAUCUCCAGGGCUUGGGCGAGAGGAGCUGCAGGAACCGCUCUGAGGGGGCUGGCUCUCUGUCGGAUGUGCGGGAUGCUCUGUCGGACCUGCGGGACGCUCUGUCGGAGCAGCAGCGGGCGCUGCGGGGUCAGGACGCGCAGCUGGAGGGCGCGUCCCGCAGCCUCUCCCUGCGCUCCGCGGCCGGCGCGGGGCUGCGGGCGCGGCUGCAGCGCUGCAGGCGCGGCUGCGGGGCUGGGCCGGGACGCGGGGCAGCUGCUGGCGCGGCUCGGGGGCUGCGGGACGCGGGUCUCGGCUGUCGGAGGCGCUGCGGGGGCUGCGGGGGCGGCGGGCGGGAGGCGCUGCGGGCCGCCCGCUCGGCCCGCGGGCUGCGGGAGCUGCGGAGGAGGCUGCGGGAGCUGCGGCGCCGCGGGGACACCCUGAGCGCCCGCCUGGAGCAGCAGCAGGACGGCCUCGCAGACCGCAGGUACCGCCAGGAGCUCGCCCAUUCCCGCACGGCCGAGCGGUUCCCGGCGCUGGAGGCGCUCCUGGAAUCCCGCGGGGCGGAGAUCGGGACCAUCUGGGCCAACACCGAGGCCACGGCCGGGCACCUGCGGGGCAUGAGCCGCUACCUGUCGGACGUGGGGCUCGCCUGCUCCCUGCGCUCCCAAACCCACGCGCGGGAGCUGCGGGGGCUCCACGGCAGCCUCGGGGAGCUCCAGGGCUCGGCGCGGCUCCUGCGGGAGCGCUGCGGGGUCCUGGGGGCCCGCCUGGACCGCGGCGUGACAAACCUGUCCCUGCUGCUGGAGGAGAUGCGGGCCGUGGAUGCGCGGCAGGGGGACGAGCUGGGGAACAUCACCCUGCUCCGGGGCGCUCCGGGUCUCCCGGGCCCCCGCGGCCGGGGGGACGUUGGGUCCGGUGGCCCCGCGGGGAUCGGGGGACAGCAGGGUGACAUCGGGACCCCGGGAUCGCCGGGCCCGCCCGGCCCCUCGGGACCCCCGGGCCCCCCCGGCCCGCAGGGGGAACGGGGACCCCCGGGAACGAAAGGAUUCCCGGGAUUCAAGGGCUCCAAGGGCGGCUUUGGAGCCUCGGGAUGGCGGGGCCAGGGCGGACCCACGGGGGAUCCCGGACCCGCGGGGCCCGAGGGGGGAGCGGGAAGGGCGGGACCCCCCGGCCCGCAGGGCGAGCAGGGGCUGCCCGGGACCCCCGGGAACGCGGGCCGGGCGGGGCCAGAGGGGCCCGAGGGAGACCCCGGCAUGAGGGGACCCCCCGGGCCACCGGGACCCCCCGGACCCCCGGGACAGUGAUGGGGGAUAACAGAGGGGUCCCCAAUUCCAUCCCC